AUGGCGAUGACGCUGGCGGUGCGGCGCUGUGCGGUGUGCGCUUUGGCGCUCCUCGCGCUGCUAAGCGGCUGCUGCCCCUCCGUCUGCGGUGCGAAUGCUGAGGAGGCUCAGACAACCGGGGAUGUGAAUGUGUCGGUGGAGGUGUCGUGCCCUAACACUAACGGCAAGUUGCGUUGGCGCGUUGCCGGCGGGAAGCCGCCUAACUGGAGGGAGUGUCCUCAGGCAGUAGAGGAUUUUGGGAGCAGUGGGGGCGCUGCUGGCAGCAAUUCCCUCUGCAUCUUUGCCGGUUCGGCGUACCUGGAGAAGUUCACGACGGGGGGCUGCCCUGCAUCCCAGCCAACGGAGGGCACAGACGCUGUUGCGUUCACGAUGGACUGUACGGUGGGUACAAGCAGCGCGCUGCACAAACUGUCGAGGGGCGAAAUCGUCGCCAUCACUGCAACGGAGAAUCCACUCGGCGCUUCGGGCACCUGUGCGCCCCCAACCCCCAGUUAA